GUGUAUUUCCAAAACAGGAGAAGAAAGAAGAAACUGCCGUUCGGGAAGUCAUGAUGAAGAAAAGCCGCAGUGUUCAAGGAGUCACUUCGGGAGACGAUAGGAAGGAUCCUCCUGGGUGGCAAUACCCCUCGGGUAGCACCCUCGGAGUAGAGUUGUACAAAGUCCAUCGGCGCUUUUCUGGCAACCUGCAGCUGCCUCCGUUGUCAUGGCGACAGGCGGAGAAGGAGCGCGAGCGGGGAAGUUUGGUAUCCCCGGUGGAAGACACAGUGACUCACGCCAGGCCGACUAGUCUACCAAUCGCUUCUCUGCCCCGGAUUGACAUUACAAAGGCUGACCCCAAUAGCUUGGAGGGAGAGAAUGGCCCAUCAUUGUGCUGCAGUCCCUCAGACCCUCAAACCUCCCCAAAUUCGGGACUGGUUCUUCAUCCCAACCUGGCGAGCCACGGCCAACGUCGAGAGUCCUUCCUCUAUCGCUCUGACAGCGACUACGAAUUGUCCCCUAAGUCCCUUUCUCGAAACUCUUCCAUCGUUGGAGAACUCCAUGGAGAGGACUUGAUAGUGACCCCCUUUGCCCAGGUUCUGGCAAGCCUUCGAACGGUCAGGAAUAACUUCACCACAUUGACAAAUGCGCAAUGUGCAUUCAAUAAGAGGUCCCCUGCUGCAAAUCAGUCUCCGGUGGCAAAAGUCUGUCUGUCAGAUGAGUCUUACCAGAAGCUCACUCUGGAAACCAUGGAGGAGCUCGACUGGUGUCUGGACCAGUUGGAGACCAUCCAGACCUACCGCUCUGUCAGCGACAUGGCAUCCAACAAGUUCAAAAGGAUGCUGAACCGGGAGCUGAGCCACCUGUCUGAAAUGAGUCGCUCUGGCAACCAAGUAUCAGAAUACAUCUCCAAUACCUUCCUAGACAAACAGAAUGAGCUGGAGCUCCCGUGUCCCGUUCCAAAGUCUCGAGAAAGAAAGCGGCGGCAAGGCCAGCAGCCACAGCAGCAGCAAGGUGGUGGGGUGAUGACUCAGAUUGGCGGGGUGAGGAAGGGCAGCUACACACCCAGUUUCUCUGGAGGCACCAACAAUCGCUUCGGGGUCAAGACGGAUCAGGAAGAACUCCUGUCGAAGGACCUGGAGGGCAUCAACAAAUGGGGGCUGAAUAUCUUCAGGGUGGCAGAGCACUCGCAUAACCGGCCCCUCACAUGCAUCAUGUACGCCAUCUUUCAGGAGCGAGACCUGAUGAGGACGUUCAAGAUUCCAACGGAUACGUUUGUGACGUUCAUGCUCACCCUGGAGAGCCACUACCACUCUGACGUGGCUUACCACAACAGUCUGCAUGCCGCCGACGUCGCCCAGUCCACUCACAUCCUGUUGUCCACGCCGGCGUUGGAUGCUGUAUUCACUGAUCUGGAGGUGCUGGCAGCCAUUUUUGCAGCUGCCAUUCAUGACGUCGAUCACCCGGGAGUGUCCAAUCAGUUCCUAAUCAACACCAACUCCGAACUGGCUCUGAUGUACAACGAUGAGUCAGUGCUGGAGAACCACCACCUGGCUGUGGGCUUUAAACUGCUUCAGCAAGACAACUGCGACAUCUUCCAAAACCUCAGCAAGAAGCAGAGGCAGACGCUCAGGAGGAUGGUCAUAGACAUGGUUUUGGCGACGGACAUGUCAAAACACAUGAGCCUGCUGGCAGCCCUGAAAACGAUGGUGGAGACCAAGAAGGUGACGAGCUCGGGAGUCCUUCUGUUGGACAAUUACACGGACAGGAUGCAGGUUCUUCGCAACAUGGUCCACUGUGCCGAUCUGAGCAAUCCCACCAAGCCUCUGGAUCUGUACCGGCAGUGGACCGACAGGAUCAUGGACGAGUUCUUCCACCAGGGAGACCGAGAGCGGGAGCGGGGGAUGGAGAUCAGCCCCAUGUGCGACAAACACACAGCGUCAGUGGAGAGGACGCAGGUGGGCUUCAUUGACUACAUUGUGCAUCCUCUGUGGGAGACGUGGGCCGACCUGGUCCACCCGGAUGCUCAGGACAUCCUUGAUAUGCUGGAGGACAAUCGCAACUGGUACCAGAGCAUGAUCCCCCAGAGUCCCUCCCCUCCCUUCUACUCCGGCGAAGGCGACGGGGGACCGCACGGGCAGGUGGAGGGCCUUCCCGUUGCCAACAAAUUUCAGUUUGAGCUGACGCUGGACGAGCAGGAACUCGAAAGCGCCGAAAUGGAGACCCUCCAAGGUCAUUCUUCCGAUCAGGACGGGGUCGGCACAGCGACGCACGACGUCUCCCCGGCCGAGACAUAGCCGGACCGAGCGCUUGGUUGGAAGAUUGCAGCACCUUUUGGAGAUCAUGUUGAAUUGCAGUGGAGAAAUCCUGCAACGUUGGCUCUUUGGAGCUUCCUGGCUGUGAGGGCCUCGCUGAAUGUGUGGCGGUCCUGCUGAGGAGCCUCGGAAACCCUGCGGCGGUUUGUUUUUGAAUCCGAGGAUGCAAGGUGUGGGGGCUUCUGUUGAACUGGAAAAGCUUGGCAAAUGCGCUGGCUGUCGCAGAAAAAAAAGUCCCCUUAUGAGUGGACAAUACUCAGUUGUGUACACGGACCAUUGGAAAAUUCCCAACUUGCACUUCAGAACAUUCGUUGAAUUCAUUUACAAACAUGGCAUCGCAUUGUGUUUGGAUUAAGUGGCCAACCAAGUUAUUUGGAACCUAGCCGGGUUUUUUUUCUCUCUAACAUGUCUUAAAAAUAUGUGUGCCUUUUUUUUUUUUUUUUACAACCCUAUCCUUUUGUAAAUAUUUUUUCUAAUUUAUUGAACACAUUCAUGUAGCCGUAAGGCAUGUCCCAUUUUCUAUGGAGAGGACAUGUUUGUCUCACAGUCUUCCUAAUGCUCUGGCAAUAGCGUGAACUCCUUCUCACUGAAGCGUUCCGUGGCUGCGUCUCGAAAUCAAAAUCACUUGGACUUCCCAGCUCACUUUGUGGCCCAAAGUGACAACGGUAACGGUCAGGUCAACAUGUGAAACCCGAAUCAUGUGUACCGUAUGUGUUUUUCCAACAAAAAAAUAGACAUCAUAAGCAAUUAGUAACUCAAUUUUUCAAAUCCAAAGAUUUUGUCAUUGAGAGCACUUUGACGGCUUCACUGGCCAUUUUGUAAAAGUUUUGGUGGGAGGACGACGUCAGGCAGACGAAUUUCGUUUCAAGGCGCGCUAAUAACGUCCGCUUUGAAAAUGUAUUUUCCCUUGCCGUGAGGUCAAGCACUUCCAUGACGCACACACCUGUUAUUGCUUAGCACCCUUCCAGUCCUGUGAAUUCACUCUACGACCGUGACUCACCGUAAACUUCAAACGACUUGGACACACGUGCGACACGUUUAACGACACGUAAGUGAUUUUAAAUAAUUGUAUCUCGUCCUUCUGUUUGUGGCACUUUGUCGACGGUUUCUGCAGUGGGUUGCCGAUCCUGUCAACGUUAAGCUUAAAGGUACCACGUUGUUGAGUGCGACCUACAUUUUAAGGAGCAGCUGGGCCAUCGUGUCAUGGCAUGAGUCGCUUUCUCCACUCGCGCGUGCGUGUAAAACGAUCACAGAAUUGCACAGAAUCUUGUUUGCAUCCAGCCGUGCAGUGCUCAACGCUUCCGCUGUUUGCAACAGUCUAUUUAUCUUUUCCAUGUAUAGUAUAUUAUUGAUAUUGGUUCGGAAUGGUCACUGUAUAUGUGUUAUUUACAUGCACUACUAAAUGUCAAAUCAGUUUGACUGAAAUUGUCCAGUGGCUUUUGCUAUUUUGUUAUCAGACCACGACGUGGACAUUAUGCAGUUCAAAUUUGAACUACAGUCAAACCUUGGUUUUCGAAAGUGUCUGUUUUCGACCAGAAAAUUUGAUAUUUUUACGUCUCGGGUUACCUUCGAAAACCGGUUGUCGAGCAAACCCGAAUACGCCACUUGAAUCCUCUCGGUUUCCUUACACGAAUAAGUGACGCUUCCUCGUGUGGCGUGUUUGUUGUGAUUUACGGAAAUCGGACUGUUUUCUUGUGAGUUCUGCAUAGUGUAUUCGCCUUUAAUCACGGGCGAGUAAAAUAGUUUCGGAUUUCCAACAAAUCGCUUUUCGAACAGCCUUCUGGAACGGAUUAUGGUCGAAAACCUAGGUAUGACUGAAACGUACUGUACUUUUUGGAGUUUCUGAGUGAGAGAUGUUUGGAUCCACCUCAUUUGGUGUGCCCACUGUUUCGCUUUAACGGAAGCCAUUAAGUUCUAAAUAAAAUGUGUACGGUGACGUGUCAUUGUACAGCUCGAAAUUUCUGUUGAAAUGUACCAUCAAAAUGUAUUUUUUCUGUGUUUUCUUCACAGUAACUAUGGUCCAAUGGUAUAUGUUGUGCUCAGCAAAUGUUUUCUAUCAGAUGAUUAAAAAUGGGCAUGUAUUACA